AUACUCAUUCAGUAAUAAACGCUCCGUGCCAAAACCUUCUCUACAAACAACAAAAUGCGUGUGAUUGUGGUGCUUUGUCUGAUUGCUGUCGCUGCGGCUCAAUACGAAUAUGCCCCCAAUAUCCAGCCACAAGUGGGUGCUGCUCAACUCUCCCAACCCAUUCAGCCACAAGUGGGUGCUGCUCAACUCUCCCAACCCAUUCAGCCACAAGUGGGUGCCGCUCAACUCUCCCAACCCAUUCAGCCAGUCAGCGAAUUUAAUAAGGAAUACUACACUUACUCAGCACCCGAACAUGAAUUCAAUGAUGCCGGCUCCGCUGACAACAUCGACAAUUCAUUAAAGAAGAACUUGCGCGUCAUCUUCGUUAAGGGACCCGAGAAUACCGGACUCGAGAACGCUGCUUUGCAAUUGGCUAAAUCUGCUAGCGAAGAACGCACUGCCAUCUAUGUGUUGACCAAGCAAGCUGACAUCGGUGAUUUGGCCAACAAAUUGAACUCGGUACAGAGCACUGGCAGCAAACCCGAAGUACACUUUGUCAAGUACCGCACCCAAGCCGAUGCUGAGAAUGCACAACGCGCCAUUCAGUCUCAAUACGACUCGUUGCCCGGCGCUUCAAGCAAUCACAAUGCCGGUUCAGCGCCUGUUUUGGACUUCGCCAGCAAACCAGCUCCAGCUCCAGUUGCCGCUCCAGCUCCAGCUCCAGCUCCAGCUCCAUUGGCCGCAGCCGCACCCGCACCCGCUGCUCCCGCCAACACUUACAUUCCACCACAAGCACAAUCGUAUUUGCCACCCGGCAGAAGGUUCUAAGCUACACGAGUGAUUUCUAGCGAAUGUCGUGAUUAACUGUUGACUAGUUUUAACAUACUUGUUUUAUUAGUUUUUGUUUUUUAGUUUUUAUGUUCUGUUAAAUACUUCCUUAGAACCGCAACAGCUAU